UAUAGUGAACACUUUGUGAGCAGUGGCUUUCUCAUAUGAUUAAGCCACGAACUCGUAUAUGCAGCUUAAUGUGCUAAACUCAGCCGUCCCUAUUCAUAGCCUGUGUGUUCAGAGCCACAAAGCCUUUGGUGAAGACAGCACACAAUUCUCAGAAGACGGUCGACGGAUAAGCAGGUCGUCAGUUUGCAUGAAAUGUGGGAACGAGUUCCAUUGUAUUUAUACGUGCAGUGUGGUGCAGUGCUCACGUUUACAGUGGCCGGCUUUUUGUUGAUGCGGAAAUGGAUUGCUGGUGGCAUGUGCACAAGUCAAACUCACCUCAGUGGAAAAACAGUAUUGAUUACUGGAGCCAACACCGGCAUUGGCAAGGAAACAGCACAGGAUAUGGCUCGUCGAGGGGCUCGGGUUGUGAUGGCCUGUCGGGACCUGAGACGGGCUGACAUGGCUGUGCAAGAGAUUCGGCGAGCCACAGGAAAUGGGAAUGUGGUCAUCCGACACCUGAAUCUAGCCUCUCUUUAUUCCAUUCAUGAGUUUGCCAAAGAAUUCUUAGCCACUGAGGAACGUCUGGAUAUUCUCAUCAACAACGCAGGUGUAAUGAUGUGCCCCAAGUGGAUAACAGAGGAUGGCUUUGAGACACAACUAGCUGUCAAUCACCUGGGCCAUUUCUUGCUUACCAAUCUUCUGUUGGGAAUUCUCAAAAGCUCCGCCCCGAGUCGUGUGGUGAAUGUAUCCUGUAUUGCACAUGUUGGCGGAAAGAUUCAUAUUGAUGAUCUGUUUUUUGACAAGAGGCCAUACAACUCUCUGGAUAGCUAUAGACAGAGCAAGCUGGCCAAUGUGCUGUUCUCCAGAGAACUUGCUCAGCGGAUGAAAGGUACUGGGAUGACUUCCUACAGCUUGCACCCUGGAGUGAUCCAUACGGAGUUGGGCCGCCAUGUGAAGUCUCAGUACCCCCUGCUAAGUUCUGUACACUCACUCGUUUCCUUCCUGCUAAUGAAGACGCCCUGGCAGGGAGCACAGACCUCUAUCUACUGUGCUGUGACAGAGGGCCUGGAGGACAAGUCUGGAUGCUAUUUUAGUGACUGUGCUGAGAAAGAGCCUGCUCCAGAAGCUAAAGAUGAUGAGGUGGCGCAGAGACUGUGGGACGAAAGUGCUCGACUGGUGGGCUUGACUACAGUGCAGUAGUCUCAUCUACACCUUCUUCCAAUUCUGCAAAGAUCCACUCUAGUGAACCAAAUAGGCAAUCUGAUUGCAUUUGGGCAGUGCAGGGGAUCCAGGAGAAACUAAAAGAGCAGGAAAUCAUCUUUUUUUACCCCUGCUGUGUGUAACUCUGCUGGUGAUGGCUGCAGACCAAAUACUCGCCACUUGCGUAGCAGAACAGAAAAUAGGAGAAUUCACUCUACUGGAGUCACCAAGCAACGAGAGAGAUUUGCAUUCAAAGUUUAUUUGAUUACACUUGAUUAUUCAUUCAGAAUACCAGGGAACAAAGUUGUAUUUCUGGUCCAACUUCAUUUUUACGUAAUGCUCUUAAUAAGGGAAUUCAGUUGAUUAAGGUUUUUAUUGCGAAAUUCAAAGCCUGUGUUUAAUGUAAUGUAUGUUUAUCUACAUGAUUUAAAGCCUUCAUUUGAAUAUAAGCACAAAAUUGAAUAUCACUCUAAUGUCAGUGAUAGUCUAUUAAAACAUGGUUCUUAAUGUGUAUGCUGUAUACAUAAAUUAUGAUGUACAGUAUAUAGAGCAUAGACAUGAACAUGGUAUAAGACGUAUAAUAUGUAUAUAUGCUUUAUAUCUGGUAAUUUUAGGAAGAGUGUAUGGCUCUGUACACCAGCAAAAAACAUAAUUUUGGCUUCGCCGAAAGUAUCCAUAAAAUUGUUCAUACUGACAAUUUUGAGAACACUGUACAUUAUUUAUGUUACGUAGGCUCUUUUUUAAAUUUUAUUAAAACU